CCCUGACGAUCACAUCAGACAAUCAUGUUCGACUCGACGAUCGUGUCGCAUCGUGUUCGACUCGACGAUCAUGUUCAACUCGACGGUCGUGUCGGACUCGACGAUCGUGCAGGACACGAUGAUCGUGUUCGACUCUACGAUCGUGUUGGACUCGACGACCGUGUUCAAGUCGACGAUCGUGUUCGACACGACGAUCAUGUGCGACUCGGCGAUUGACUCCAUCGUGCUUUGGACGACCGUCAUGCCGAACACGUUCGUCGUGUCGAACAUGAUCGUUGAGUCGGACACGAUGGUGUCCGUUCGACUCGACGAUCAUGUUCGACUCGACGAUCGUGUUCGGCACGACGAAGCUGUCCGGCUCGGCGACACGGCACUGCGGCCGGUAUUCGGCACGACAAUUCGCUCGGUCGUCGAGUUCAAUUCCACGACCGGCCCGAUCGCCGUGUUCGAGACGACUCCUGCUCCGGUCCGUUGUCGUGUUCGACUCGACAGUGCUCCUCCAGUCGUCGUGUUCGGCACGACCACUGACAAUCGAAAGUGCCACGUGGCGUUAUGUGGUUGCAUCUUAGCUUGCUGGUUGUGUCCUCACCGUCUGAUCCUGCGGACUCGAGGUGCUCCGAUGUGGCUGCGCGUCACGUCCUGGGGUCAUCUGAUCGCCUCCGUCGUCGUGACCUGCGACCGUCGGCACCUUCUCUGUGGUCCAUCGUCGCGUCGCGCAGUUGGUCUGCUAUGCACGAACCUCCGCUCCGUCAACGAAUCCUCGUUGCGCUCCGUCGCCACGUCGUGCACGUAGUCUGCUGUGCACGAGCGUCCGCUGCGCUGCACUGUUGCUGCGUCAACGAACCUCCGUUGCGCUGCAUUAUUGCUGC